ACAUAAUAACAAAAUACUGAAAUUUGUCAAUAAUAAAUUGUCAAUAAAAAUAAUAUAAAAUUCAAUUAAAACUACAACACCUCAAUAUUUGCAAUUUCCAUCAGUAUAUGGAGAUUCCUAACCACCAAUUUUCAACACAAAAUUGAUAAAACAUAAGGCAUUGACAAAAUGACAAAAGGGCCAAACCGUCAAAUUUUAAAAUUAUAACCUCAAUAUAUAGUCAUUUUUAAAUAUUUACAAAACACAUCUGGAUCAUCAGAAAAAUAAAAAUGAAAAGAUCUCCAAGGGUAAAUACUAGUGUGGAUGCUAACAUUAGUAGUGUUAUGAUUUCCGAUGAUGAAGAUUUAACUGUGGUAAUGGAACAUUCUCCACCAAAAAGAAUAACUAGAGAGCGUCGUGCUAAGUAUGACAAAAAAUUCUAUACACUAGAGUUAACUUCAGAUGAGGAUGAAAUUAGUGACAAAGAGGACAAGGAUGAAACAUUUGUCUUAGUAGAUAGUGUGAUUGAUGGCAAAAAAGAAUCGUCUACUAAAUCAAAACCAAAGAGAAAUGAAAAUAACAAUUCUCUAAUUGAAAUCACAGAUGACGAAAGUGAUAUAGAAACCCCAGUAAAAAAUACUAGGAAAAGGGCACCAGUUAAAACAAAGCAAUCAACAGUAAAGGUACCGAUUGUAAAAACCACAAUAAAGAAGCCCCAAGUAAAGAAAGAACGAGUUGUAAAAAAACCACAAGUGAAAAAAGAACCAACUGUGAGAAAGACACGAGUAAAGAAAGAACCGACAACACCAAGGAUCAAUAAUGAAUCCAGUUCAUUAGAUGAAACUGUAAAGGCUACUACGGCGCAGAUCAAAAAUGAAAAACUCAUACAAGAUGGCGACGAAACAUUAAAGACUGCCAGUCCUAAGCCCAAUCUAAAAAGGAAAAAUUCCAAAGAUAACGCUAAAGUAAAAUCAGAAGCGAAAAGUGAAUUAAAUCCACCAAAAGCUAAAAAAUUAAAAACGGAAAUGAAUCUGCCAAGUACAAGUUUGGAUACUAAACAUGUUAAUUUAAAUUGUGAAACAACAUGGAAGGAUCAUGAAUUAUUAGCAGAGAAUAUGAGUUUAAGUAAACAUAUUGCUUGGAACGUAAUUAAUCUUUUUAACGAUGGUAGUACAAUCCCGUUUAUUGCUAGGUAUAGAAGAACUCAAACAGGUAACAUGACUCCUGAAGAUUUACGAGAUGUUAAAAGUGCUUAUGACGAUAUCUGCGUCCUUAAACAAAAAAUUAAGACUGUGGUAAACACUUUAGAAAAGACUGGGCAAAAAAAUAAGCAAAUAGAAUUAAUCGUCAAAUCUUCCAAAAGUUUAGAGGAAUUAGAAAUAAUUUAUGCACCUUACAAGCCAGAAGCGAAACGCACUUUGGCAGAAAGAGCCAAAUCAUUGGGUCUAGAGGAGCCUGCUACUGCUUUGUUUAAUAAUACUUGCGCUGUCGAUUUAAGUCAGUGGGUAGAUGUAUCCAAAGAAGAACUAAAAUCGCUUGAGGAUGUUCAAAACGGUGUGAUACAUAUUAUCGCACACAAAAUUUCAACGGAUUCUGAUAUGCUGUCCUUUUUAAGAGAUUUACGGCAGAAUGUCAAUUUUACUUUAGAAACCAAAAAACUUCAUGCUAAACAACCAAAAGCCAAAACGAAGAAGAGUGUUAUACAAGAAAAACCAAUCGAUGAAUUAAAGUUUCAGGUAUACUUCGAUUAUAGUAUUCCAGUGAAGUUUAUUAAACCACAUCAGGUACUAGCCAUCAAUAGAGGGGAACAUCACAAGGUGUUAUCGGUAAAAAUUAAUCCGCCGCCAUAUUUAGUCGAUACCUACAAAAAAUUUUGUUUACAAAAAUAUAUUAAUCGAGGUGUUUACAACGAAGACAGACGUACAUUAGUAGGAGAUGCAUGCAUCGAUGCCUUUAGUAGAUUACUUUUGCCUUCUAUGGUUAGAGAAGUCCGAUCGGAACUAAAAACAAUGGCCGAAAAAGCGUCUUACGAAGUGUUCAGCAAAAAUUUAAAACAGAUUUUAUUAGCAGCACCAAUAAAAGGAGAAAGAAUUUUGGGAAUAGAUCCAGGCUAUCACCACGGUUGUAAACUUGCACUGAUAUCUUCAACGGGGAAAGUUUUGGACCAAGGCGUUAUUUUUCCGCAUUCCGUGUCUGAAGACAAUAGGGAUAAGAGUAAGACUAUUUUAAAAGAUUUGCUGGAUCGACACGAUUGCUCAUUGAUAGGCCUUGGUGAUGGUAAAGCCAGUAAACAGACGGAAGAAUGGUUGUCCCAUUUAAUAAGGAAUAAAUAUUUCCAUCCUAAAGAUGUUAAGUAUACCAUUGUGACUGAAGAUGGCGCUUCAGUUUAUUCAUGCAGCGCAGAAGCCAAAAAAGAAUUUCCAGACAUGGAUACUAAUAUUAUUAGUGCAGUAUCAUUGGCAAGAAGAAUUCAAGACCCUCUAGCUGAAUUAGUAAAAGUCGAACCCAAACACUUAGGAGUUGGAAUGUAUCAACAUGAUCUAAAGAAAAAGACUCUUGAAGAAGCUCUAGACGAAGUCGUGUCUGAAUGCGUUAGUUUUGUUGGAGUUGAUUUAAAUACUGCGUCCCAAUGUUUACUCAGGCGUAUAGCAGGAAUAACAGACAAAAGAGCCACAGAAAUCAUUAAGUUUAGAGAGAAAAACGGCGCAUUUAUUUGUCGCGACCAGCUUCUGAAAGUACCUGGUAUCGGUCCAAAGGCAUUUGAACAAUGCGCGGGUUUUUUGAGGAUUGUACCAACUAACGCAGCAUCUCCUUCCAAACUUAGUAAGAGCUACAAAACUACAAAAUUGGACCAAACCAUUAUUCAUCCGGAAUCAUAUGAUCUUACGAAAAAACUUCUGAAGUCUCUAAAAUUAAAUGAAGAUCAAAUCGGCGAGGAAACGUUAAUACAAGGGGUCCAGACUAUUAAGAGUGAGUUACCUGAAGUUUGCGAGAAGCUGGAUACGAAUGUGGAAACUCUUAACCUUAUAAUUGAUGCCUUGGAAAAACCGUUGAACUACGACUUUAGAACAGAAUCACAGAAUACGUUUUUCGCUGUCGAACUCAAAGACUUUGACGAUGUUUCUGUGGGUGACAAGAUGGUGGGAAGAGUGAAAAAUGUUACGCACUUCGGUUGCUUUGUCGAUAUAGGAAUUUCACAGGAUGCCUUAAUUCAUUCUAGUAAAAUGAAUGGCUUGGAUUUGCAAAUAGGGGACCGUGUCAACUGCGUAGUCCUUACAGUCGACAAAUUGAGACAAAGAAUUGGAUUAAAAGCUAUAUCCAAGCAGUGAUAUUUUUAAAUCGUAUUUGUUUUGUAUUUUCUAGGUUUAAUUAUGUGUUUAUAAUUUUCUUUCUAAUAUACAAAAUUUUCAAUCGGUAAUAAUGGAUGUGAGGAUUUGAUCGUGAUUUCUUUGUCGCUUAUGGUUUUUCUUAUUUAUUUUAUGCAUAAAUAUUUUCUUUGUCAAAUUGUGAAUGAAUGUUAUGCAAAAACUGAAGGUAGGUUUGUCAACAAGUUGGCAAUGAUUUUAAAAAGAUUCGGAAAGAUUAAUACACAAACAUAGGAUGUAGGAUCUUAAAUAGACACAUCUCUUCGUUUUAUUAAGAGAUUAAUAUUAUU